AUGGGAGACAGUGACGACGAAUACGAUCGCAGAAGAAGGGACAAAUUCAGACGGGAAAGGAGUGACUAUGAUCGUUCCAGAGAGAGAGAAGACAGGCAUAGAGAUGAGUGGAAUGACAGGUAACUCAUAAUUAGAGAGUGGGAUCGGGGCCGGGAACGGCGAAGCCGUGGCGAGUACCGGGAUUACGACAGAGGUCGCAGGGAGAGAUUCACGCCUCCCAGACACGACAUGAGUCCGCAGCAGAAACGCAUGAGAAGGGAUUGGGAUGACCAUGGCGGAGAUCCCUACCGUGGCGGAUAUGACAUGGGCUAUGGAGGAGGAGGGCCGAGUUAUGGUCCCCCACAGCAGUGGGGCCACCCAGAAAUGCACCUCUUGCAGCCUCAUCAUGGUAUUCCCAUUCAGGCAAGGCUGGGUAACAUCCACGACAUGGAGUUCUGUCCGCCUCAUCCAGUCAUGAAGAGCUUUAAGGAGUUCCUGAUAUCGCUGGAUGACUCCGUGGAAGAGACUGAGGCGGUUAAGCGCUACAACGAGUACAAGCUAGACUACCGUCGACAGCAGAUGCAGGAGUUCUUUUUGGCUCAUAAAGAUGAAGAGUGGUUCAGGUCCAAGUACCACCCAGAAGAGGCCGGUCGACUUAAGUCCGAGGCGCUGCGAGCACUUAGCAACCGCCUGAAUGUCUUCAUGUUUCUCAUGGAGAACGGCUGGUUCGAUAACCUCUCUUUGGACAUCGAACAGACGCCGGCAAUCAUCAAGGUCCUGGAUGCUGCGGUUAUAAAGAUGGAAGGAGGAACAGAUCACGAUCUUCGCAUCUUGGAAAUGCCAUCUGAGGAAGAGGAAGAGAGGGAAAAAUCGGCAUCUGGUGCAGCUGAACCUCCCAAAAGCGAUCACAAGAACAUGGAUGGAGACUGCAAACCUCCAGUGGCAAAAGAUAAGAGUGAAAAAGGUGACGAGAGUGAUUCUGCCUCCACUGAGAAAAUGACUGAGGAAGGGGAACCUGUCAAAGAGACGGCGGAGAAGGAAGCAGCCAAAGACAAUAUACCUGAACCCAAGAAGGUUCUUCCAAGAAGAAAGAGGAAGCGCAGCGGAGACAGCGACGACGAAGCCAGCGCUUCUGAAAGUGACUCAGACUCUGAAUCCGAUUCAAACUCUGUCUGCUCUGAAAAGUCGGCGAAGAAAGAAGAGGUGGAAGACAAAGAGGAGGAAGGCGCAGGUGAGAAAUUAACUUUUGUGAAAAAGGAACAAAUAAAGCAGAAUGCUGAAGAGGAUGAAGAGAAAGUGGAGAAAAAGGUUAAAGAUGACACUCCAAAACCGCGGCCUCUCCACAAGACUUGCUCUCUCUUUAUGAGAAGCAUUGCUCCCACCAUUUCCAAGGCUGAGAUUAUUGCUCUGUGUCGCCGCUACCCUGGCUUCCUGCGAGUGUGCUUAGCUGACCCCCAUCCAGAGCGCAGGUUUUACAGACGCUGCUGGGUGACGUUUGACCGCAGUGUCAACAUCAAAGAGGUCUGCUGGAAUCUGCAGAACAUUCGUCCGCGGGAUUGUGAGUUGGCCCCCAGUGUGAACAGGGACCUUGCGCGGAGGGUGCGCAAUGUGAACGGUAUCACUCAGCACAAGCAGGUGGUUCGCAACGAUAUCAAAAUGGCUGCCAAACUCAUUCACUCUCUUGAUGAAAAAGGAGAGCUGUGGUGCAACCCAGCCCAGGAAGAGGGACAAAGCACAGAAAAGACUCAAAAUCCCAUCUUGAAAAAUAUCACUGAUUACUUGAUUGAGGAGGUAAGCGCUGAGGAGGAGGAGCUUCUUGGCUCUGGUGGGAUGGAUCAGGAAGAGAACGCUAAGGAGGGGCAUUCAACCGAGAUGACUGUUGAGAAGGAUGAGAAACUUGCCAAGGUUUUGGACCAUUUGAUUCUGUAUCUGCGCAUCGUGCAUUCCAUUGAUUACUACAAUGCCUGUGAAUAUCCGAGCGAGGAUGAGAUGCCUAACCGUUGUGGCAUGAUCCACGUCCGUGGACCCGUACCCCCAAACCGCAUUUCGCACGGUGAAGUGCAACAAUGGCAGAAGGUGUUGGAGGAGAAGCUGAGUACUCUGUAUAGUACACAAGAAACCUUGUCUGAUGAAGAAGCAGCAAAGAUGGGCCGCAAAGACCCAGCCGAGGAAGUGGAGAAAUUUAUUUCUGCCAACACGCAGGAGCUCGGGAAGGACAAGUGGCUCUGCCCUCUUAGCGGCAAGAAAUUCAAGGGCCCUGAGUUUGUGAGAAAGCACAUCCUGAACAAACAUGGGGAAAAAAUUGAAGAGGUGAAAAAGGAGGUGGCAUUUUUCAACAAUUUCCUGAUGGAUGCCAAGAGGCCGUCUCUGCCGGAGAUGAAAACUCCUCCUCCUCCAGUUCCGGGCCAAGGUUUGCUUUCUCCAAACAUGCCGUUUUCUCCCCAAGUUCCCCAGGGUCCGAUGGGUUUUGUGCAGCCCCGCCCUCCAUUAAUGGGCUACGGUAGCAUACCGCCUUAUCCCCCCAAUCAUUUUGGAGGCGGUCGAGGAAACUACGACAACUUCCGCGGACAAGGCGGAUACCUUGGAAAGCCACGUAACAUCAGAAUGUCACGGGGUGAUCCACGUAACAUCAUUGAAUAUCGCGACCUGGAUGCACCAGAUGAUAUGGACUUCUUCUAG